GCCAGGCUGGGGCGGGGGGCCGCAGCCAUGAUCCGGGCCUUCUCGUUCCCGGUGAGCCCCGAGCGGGGCCGGCUGCGGGGCUGGCUGGAGGGGAGCCUGGCCGGGCUGUGCGAGUUGCACUGGCUCCGGGAGCGGCAGGAGUACCGCGUGCGGCAGGCGCUGCGGCUGGCCCAGCCCGGGAUGGGGGGCGCCGGGGCCGAGGACGCCGAGGACGCCGACGAGGACGAGGACGCGGCGGCGGCGCGCCGGGCGGCAGCGGCGCUGGAAGAGCAGCUGGAGGCCCUGCCUGGGCUCAUAUGGGACCUCGGCCAGCAGCUGGGAUAUCUGAGCCUGGAGCCGGGGGGCCUGGACCAGGAGAGUGGGCGCAGCUCGGGCUUCUAUGAAGACCGCAGCUGCACUCCAGGCCCAGAGUCACCGCCCUCGACCUUCUGUGGGGACAGCGGCUUCUCGGGGUCCAGCUCCUAUGGACGCCUAGGGCCCUCGGACCCCCGGGGCAUCUACGCCAGCGAGAGGCCCAAGUCUCUAGGCGAUGCCAGUCCCAGCGCUCUGGAGCCGGUGGGCGCGCGGGCGGCCGUGCCCCGGUCCUUCUCGGCGCCCUACCCGACGGCGGGGUCGGACUGCUCGUCGGCGGAGCGGCGGGCGCGCGCCGGGCCUUUCCUGACUCCGAGUCCGCUGCACGCGGUGGCGCUGCGCAGCCCGCGGCCCUGCGGUCGCCCGGCCUCCAGCUCCCCGGAGGCGGCGGCGGGCGGCGGGCAGCCCCUGGACGGCUACAUCUCCGCGCUUCUGCGCAGGCGCCGCCACCGGGGGGCGGGCCAGCCCCGGACCAGUCCCGGGGGCGCGGACGGGGCGCCGCGGCGCCAGAACAGCGUGCGCCAGCGACCCCUGGACGCGUCCCCGCCCCCCGGGGGCGCGCGGCCCGCGCGGGAGCCAUCGGCGGAGCGCGUCGGGGGCCGCAACGCCAGCCCGGCCCCGCUGAGCCGCGCCUGGGCCUCGUCGUGGGAGGCGGAGGCGGCUCCGGAGCCUCCCGAGGCCCCGGCGCCCCCCGAGCCCCCUGACAGCCCUGCGGAGGGCCGCCUGGUGAAGGCACAGUACAUCCCGGGGCGCGCGGCCCGCCGCAAGGCGCCGCCGCUUACCCGCGGCCGCAGCGUGGAGCAGUCGCCGCCUCGGGAACGCGAGCGGCCGCGGCUGGCAGCGACCACGGCGGCGGCGGCGGGGCGGCGGGGCCGCGCCCCCGAGGCCCCGGGACGCCGGGGCUCGCCCCGGGCCCGCAAGGCCGCGCGCUCCCAGUCGGAGACCAGCCUGCUGGGCCGCGCCGGCCCUGCGCCCGCUGGGCCGCCCAAGUACCCGACGGCCGAGCGCGAGGAGCCUCGACCCCCGCGGCCCCGCCGCGGCCCCGCGCCCCCGCUCGCCGCCCAGGCCUCGGGCGCGUGCCGCCGGUGGCGCUCCACAGCCGAGAUCGACGCCGCCGAGGCGCGCCGCGCCCGGCCCCGCGCGGUCCCCGCGCCCCGCGCGCCCCCGGGUCCGGCCGCUCCAUCGGCCCCGCAGCAGCGCCGCCUGCUGUACGGCUGCGCGGGCAGCGACUCCGAGUGCUCGUCGGGGCGCGCGGGGCCGCUGGGCCGCCGGGGGACCCCCGGCGGGGCCUACGGCGAGAGCGCGUCGAGCGCCAGCGAGGCCGAGUCGCCCGCGCUCAGCUCGGCGUCCAGCGACUCGGACGGCAGCGCAGGGCUCGUGUGGCCCCAGCAGCUGGCGGCGGCCGCGGGGGGCGGCGCGCCUGCGGGGGGCCCCGCCAAGGUCUUCGUGCGGAUCAAGGCUUCCCACGCGCUCAAGAAGAAGAUCCUGCGCUUCCGCUCUGGCUCUCUCAAGGUCAUGACCACAGUGUGAAACCUGGGAUUCGCUUGGGCUCCCCCACCCCCGUUCUGGCCUCUGCACCGCCACACGCCCGGCCACUGGCCCAUCCGCACCCACCUUUCCAAAGACCACCAUUGUGUGCGCGUGCGCCGAGACCCUCUGCGCUCCCCGCGUCCACAGCAAGUCCGGGUGGGCUGGAAAGGCGCCUCACACACACCCAAGGAGGAAGAGAGGGGACCCUGACUGGCCCGCGUCAGCGUCUACCUCUGAAGUCUUUAGACCCUUUGGGUGGGCCCCUUUCCUGUUGUGCACACCGGUGCCCUGGUAUGCAGGAGGGACAAUUCGGUUUAAUUGUCCCGGUGUUCGUUUAGACUAGUCUGCUUCCCUUCACCCCUAUCAUCAUGGGCCUUCUCACACUUCCCCCCCCAUGUCCAAAUGUGGUCCCUUGUCAUUCACAAAGUGCCCCCUCCCUGUCCCUGGACCCUUGGGACAUCCCCUCGGCACUUGGUCACGGAUUCUGUGUCUCAAGUGCUGCCUUCAGAGUGCCGCCCCCACCACCACCAAGGGAAGGAGCACCAACUUGGGGUUUUGAGGGUCAAAUAGGAGUUGGCAAAAAAUCAGUAAAGGACUUUCACCUCUCGCCCUGGACAAUUAAGGAUUAAAAGGGAGAAGAAGAGAGGAAGGAAGAUGGUUUAUAUCUCGUGCCUCUCCCCACUGUGAGUCGGGGAAACCGGAUGACCCUCACCUGUUCCAGUUUUUUUUUUUUUUAAUUACUGUAUUUAUUACGAUGACGGUGACUCCCCGGUGCACGGGGGGCCAGAUUCUGUGUUUCUUCUAACCUCUUGGUAAAUAAACGCACAAUGUUCCAUA